AUGCGAAGCGUCCUUAUCAGACGCGUCUUCAAGGCGAGGGGCUUGUCCUCUAGCCAUGUCGUCUGGUCGAAACACCUCCGUUUUCUGCUACCUAUGAAUUGUGCCUCCGUCCGCCACCAUAGUUCUGGUCCGGGGAACCAGCCAAGCACCCCAAAAUGGACCCAGCAUUCUCUCAAUGGCUACUCAAAAAGGAAGAUCGAGGAAGCAACGAAGGAAACAACAAAAAGCAAGUCUUGGGUUAAGGCAUACAUUGCACUAGGUAGUAACCUAGGAGACCGCAUUGACUGGAUUGAGAAAGCUUGCAAGCAUAUGAACAGUUCUCCAGAAAUCAAGCUGAUCAAAACUAGUAGUCUUUGGGAAACUGACCCUAUGUAUGUUGUUGAUCAAGACAAGUUCAUAAAUGGUGUUUGUGAAAUCUCAACCACUCUCGAGCCUAUCGAGCUUCUUGAUACACUUCAGCAUAUAGAGGUAUCUCUAGGCCGCAAGAAGUUAAUUGAUAAAGGUCCUCGGAAUAUUGAUCUUGAUAUCCUCUUCCAUGGGGAUUCGACGUACAAUGACCCAAGGCUACAAAUUCCGCAUCCUGGUAUUUCUGAGCGGGAGUUUGUUCUUCGACCUCUGGCAGAAAUAGCUCCAUUGAAACCCCUCAACCCGGCAAGUCCAUGGAAGACAGUUCAGGACUCGCUCAAUUCCCUACCCGUAGACACCCCCUUGACGACAGUCACACCUCUAGGACGCGAUGCAGAACCUAUUCGAGGUCUUAAAGCGGAUCGCAAAACCCAUGUUAUGGCAAUUUGGAACAUGACCCCUGAUUCUUUCUCUGACGGUGGCCUGCACUCCGAGGUUUCUUCUGGAAAUCUUGGCCGUUUGACUGCUCUUACUGAGAGCACCGUCCAGCACGGAGCGCACAUCAUCGACGUCGGAGGCCAGUCUACUGCGCCUAAAACCGAACAGCAGCCAACGUCCGUAGAAAUUGAGCGGGUUGUCCCUGUAAUCAGAUCGUUGCGAACCUCUGAAAGCUUUACUGGGUUAAUCAGUGUCGACACAUAUCGUGCCGCUGUUGCUGAGGCUGCUAUCGAAGCCGGCGCAGAUAUCAUAAACGACGUUUCUGCUGGUCAAUUAGACCCAGAGAUGCUCAAAACUAUGGCUCGGCUUGGAAAGACUGUCAUCUUGAUGCACAUGCGAGGCAAUCCCUCUACCAUGGCUCAAGCUUCCAUGCAGGACUACUCGCCCGACGGACUCAUUCCAACCAUGGCAAAAGAACUUCUCGCACGCGUCGCUGAGGCAGAAGCCGCGGGUAUAUAUCGUUGGAGAAUCAUUCUCGACCCCGGAAUUGGAUUUGCAAAAUCACAAAGCCACGCGCUGGAGAUAUUACGACGUCUCGAUGAGUUGCGCGACUGGCCAGGUCUGCAGGGCCUUCCUUGGCUUGUCGGAACGAGCAGGAAGAAGUUCAUUCAACGUAUAACUGGCGUCUCGAAGCCAGAUCAGUCGCAAUUUGGUACUGCCGCCACUGUUUCCGCGGCGAUUGCCGGUGGAGCUGAUAUUGUUCGUGUUCAUGAUGUGGAGCAGAUGGCGCAGGUAGCUAAGAUGUCCGAUGCUAUUUGGCGGGUUUCGCAGGAGAAUUGA